UUGCUGGUUGAAAAGACGACCGACUCCCCGGCGGCCGAGUUCUCGCUGGUGGAAGACGUGGCGCUGCACUUCGCCUGCCUCAUGGGCCGCCUGAACGAGCAGCGCCUCUUCCAGCCCGACCUGUGCGACGUGGACCUGGUGCUGGUGCCGCAGCGCAGCGUCUUCCCGGCCCACAAGGGUGUGCUGGCCGCCUACAGCCAGUUCUUCCACUCGCUCUUCACGCAGAACAAGCAGCUGCAGCGGGUGGAGCUGUCCCUGGAGGCGCUGGCACCUGGCGGCCUGCAGCAGAUCCUCAACUUCAUCUACACGUCCAGGCUGCUGGUCAACGCCACCAACGUGCACGAGGUGCUCAGCGCCGCCUCGCUGCUGCAGAUGGCCGACAUCGCCACGUCCUGCCAGGAGCUGCUGGACGCCCGCUCCCUGGGCCCACCGGGCCCCGGCACCACAGCGGCCCCGGCCCCGCCGUCCACGCCGUCCUACUACUGUGACAUCAAGCAGGAGGCUGACGCCCCUGGCCUGCCCAAGAUCUAUGCCCGGGAGGGUCCUGACCCCUACUCGGUGCGUGUGGAGGACGGGGCUGGUGCCCCUGGGGACACGGUGCCAGCUACCAUGGGGCCGGCCCAGCCGUUCUUCAAGGAGGAGAAGGAGGCCAGCGGGGAGGAGGCCGGUGGGGUAUGCAAGCUGGAAGGCGGCCAGGAGCUGGAGGGAGCCCUGGGGGCCGCGGGCACCUACAGCCGCCAGGAGCAGUCGCAGAUCAUCGUGGAAGUCAACCUCAACAACCAGACCCUGCACGUGUCCACGGGGCCCGAGGCCAAGCCGGGGGCGGGCAGCGGCACGGCCACCAUGGUGCUGGGCGCAUCAGCCACAGAUGGGCUGGGCGCCAAGGUGAAGCUGGAGGAGAAGCAGCACCACCCGUGCCAGAAGUGCCCCCGGGUCUUCAACAACCGCUGGUACCUGGAGAAGCACAUGAACGUGACUCACAGCCGCAUGCAGAUCUGCGACCAGUGCGGCAAGCGCUUCCUGCUGGAGAGUGAGCUGGUGCUGCACCGGCAGACGGACUGCGAGCGCAACAUCCAGUGUGUGACAUGUGGGAAAGCCUUCAAGAAACUGUGGUCCCUUCACGAGCACAACAAGAUCGUGCACGGCUACGCGGAGAAGAAGUUCUCCUGUGAGAUCUGUGAGAAGAAGUUCUACACCAUGGCACAUGUGCGCAAGCACAUGGUGGCCCACACCAAGGACAUGCCGUUCACCUGUGAGACCUGCGGCAAGUCCUUCAAGCGGAGUAUGUCUCUCAAGGUGCACUCGCUGCAGCACUCCGGGGAGAAGCCCUUCCGCUGCGAGAACUGCAGUGAGCGCUUCCAGUACAAGUACCAGCUGCGCUCCCACAUGAGCAUCCACAUCGGCCACAAGCAGUUCAUGUGCCAGUGGUGCGGCAAGGACUUCAACAUGAAGCAGUACUUCGACGAGCACAUGAAGACGCACACGGGCGAGAAGCCCUACAUCUGCGAGAUCUGCGGCAAGAGCUUCACCAGCCGGCCCAACAUGAAGCGGCACCGGCGCACGCACACCGGCGAGAAGCCCUACCCGUGCGACGUGUGCGGCCAGCGCUUCCGCUUCUCCAACAUGCUCAAGGCGCACAAGGAGAAGUGCUUCCGCGUGAGCCUGCCCGCCCCCACCUCCGCACAGCCCGGGGGGCUCGGGGGGCUCGGCGCGCCGCCCUUCCCCGCAGGGCCUGGCACGCACCACUGAGACCGCACCUCCGCCCCACUCCCGGAAGCCGCGACUCCUCUGUUUAAUUUUUAUUUUUGCAAGCCAAGGUAGAGGAAGGAGUCGGCAGCAGCCCUCCAGGUGAGGGGUGCUGUUGGCUGCAGGGUGGGGGAGACGGGCCCGGGGCAGACUUACCCACUUCCUGGUUGUAGCCCCACUGGAGGGGAUGCGGGCCGGCUGGAGGGUGUGGGCACUGAGGCAGAGCUCACGUUGGACCCUGGGACUGCGGGGCCAGGAGUGGCCAGGGGCCAGGACUGCAGACCCAGCUCUGCGAGUGGGGCAAUAGGGGCUGGCCCCCCAGGGGUUGGCCCGCUCCCUGACACUCCUGCCAGCUGGCGGAGAGCCGAUGGGGGACUCCCCCAGUGCGGCCGGGCUGCGAAGGUGCACCUCAGGGGCAGGGCCCAGGGGAAGCUCAGGCCAGCCUUUUAGGGUUCCUCGGUGCUACAGUGGGGCGGGCCAGGCUGCCGGCUCACAGCACCUGGCCUUCACCAGCCACCCUGGCUGUACCCCACGCCAGGAGACGUGCAGUCUGUGUGUCUGCGCCUCAGCUCUCCAGCGCCCCCAUCCGCCCGUCCCUCCUGGGCCUCCUCGGGGAGGGGCAGUGUCCGCGGCCCUGCCUGCCUGUGAGGGAACUGCAUGUCCGGGACCCAGGGGCGGUGGAGUCCAGCCUGCGUCCAGGGCUGCGCCUGGAGGCCAGCACUAAUAGGAUAACCUCUUCUGUUGUCAUUUAACGUCUUCAUUCCUGCCUUGAAAAUGAGCGAGGAGGUUCUAUAAGCUACACGUCUCCUAGUUAAGCUCUUCCUACCGUGUUCAUGCAGUUUUGUUUGUUAUACUCUGCACCUUACACCCCGCCUCUGCCCCCCGCACCUUCCAAGCAUGGCUGGUGUGGGAAGAGGCCUGGGCCUGGGGCCCAGAACCCCUCAGAACCCCUGGAGGCCUGCAGCACUGGGGCAGAGGGCUGGGGACAUUUUAAUCAUCAAUAAAUGAAGCACUUUAUUCUCUACAGAUAUGGGCAGGCCCAAGGUACCUGAGUGAUUUGAAGACAAGUGCCAAGCUACACGGUGCUGGUGGUUUUCCAGGGUUGGGGUGGGAUCUGGUGCCGGCAGCCUCCUGGCCUGGGUGCUCUGAAGCUGCAGACACAUCCCUAGGUACCUGGAGAGAGGAAGGUGACCCUGUGGCCCCAUGGCCCCUGAUCCCAAAGCCGGGAUUCCUGCAUCCUCAGGCUCCAGGACAGGUCUUCCCGCCUUCUCCGCACCCCUUUUCUCCAGGCUUCUGUCCUCAGGGUCCCCUCCCCUCCUGCUAUUUCAAACCUCGGCCUCAGUGCCUGCGGCUUUAGAGCUCUUUCCCCCAAAAGUCUGACCUCCCUUCAUGGGCUGCAGGCAGCAACCCUGAGGCUUCCCCAGCCCAUCCCCGGCACCAGGGUCUCCCCUGGGGGCUGGGCAGCCUGUGUGGGGUCCCAGGUCUGUCAGGACACACUUCAGCAAGCAGAGGCCAGGGUGGGUGUGGGGGCUGGGCUCCCGUUCCCCUGCACACCCCGAAAGGGGUCCAGGCCACUGGGCAGUCGGGACGGCCACUGAGUAGGCAGCCGCCCUCCUGGGAGGCUCUGUCCCUGGUGCGAAUCUCACCUCCGGCUCCUUCCCAGCUGGGCCGCCCUGCUGGAAGCAAUAAUGGAGACUCACUGCACUGUGGGUGGGGUUGUUGGACGCUCUCACAAUUCCUUUAAAGAAAUUAGUGGGCACAUUACUGGAGUGAGGGACACAGGCAUCACACCUGCUUUCCAGAGCUGGGGCGAGGGGUGUGGUCGUCCUGUCCAGUCACGUGUGCCAGCCCUGGCCUGGAGUCUGGGCCAGCUGCCCUGGCUGGUGAUGGGGCCUCCGGAGUAUGGCCAGUCCGGCUUCCACGGGGCCCUGCACAACACCGAGAAGAGCAGAGGCCGGGCCCAGAGCACUGGAGUCUGAGUGGUGGCAGCUUCCCUGUGCUCCUCUUGUGUGGUACACCUGACUGACAGAUCUGGCCCCACGUUACAACUGUCCGCUGUGACUGGCAGAACUCACUACUGCCCAUCCUGGGCUGCUGGGUGCCACAGACUGUCCUGGACACCGGCCACCAUCCAGGCCCAGACAGCACCGUGCUCUGGAGAACGACAUUCCUCCCAGAAGUGAGGACGCACUGGUCCUCCCCCAAAGCAUUGUCCACCCUGUGUCACUGUUUGGAAUGAUGUGCUGACCCUAAGCGUGACACCCCCCGCCCCAGACGCUUUAUGAGACGAGAAUGGCAGAAGGAAUGGAAACUAAUAAAACGCAUGUACACAUUGCAGCCGGUGCGAUGGU